CUCGUCUCUGUGUUUAUCUGGUUGAGGACCGAAGACUGACCAGGAGGGAAGCCCUGAGAAGCCAGCCUACUGGGACUCAAACCUAGGGGGCUUUGGAACUUGGUGGGAUUCUGCUAUAUAGGAACUGAAUUAAACUGUGAACCUAAUCCCGCUCUUCUCCCCAUAGACAGAGGGCACCUGGGGAGAGUUUACUUUCUCCCACGGCCUGCUAGGAUGCGUUACUCAGUGCCAACCACCUCUGCCCACCGCAGCCGCUAUAAUCGGCGGCGCCUGCAUGCAGAGCGCUGUGUCCGAUUUCCCAAUGAUGUCCUGUUUUUGGAUCACAUCCGACAGGGUGACCUGCGGCAGGUAGGACGCUUCAUCCGGACUGGAAAAGUCUCCCUGGAUACCAUCUAUCCCUCAGGUCUGGCCGCCCUGCAUGAAGCAGUACUUUCUGGGAACCUGGAGUGUGUGAAGCUGCUUGUCAAGUAUGGGGCUGACAUUCACCAGAGGGAUGAAACAGGAUGGACUGCAUUGCACAUGGCCUGCAGUGAUGGCUACCCAGACAUUGCCAGAUACCUCAUCUCCCUGGGGGCUCACGUAGACGUUGCCAAUGACGACGGUGACUUGCCCUCCGACCUCAUCGACCCCGACUACACGGAUCUGGUGGAGCUAUUCAAAGGGGCCAAGAUGGACUGACUUGCUGCCCUCCUCCCCAUGCAGAGCCCUCACUGUCCUCGCCACCGUCCCCCCUCCCCUGGAGACCCUGGACCUGAAGCGGGGUUUGGCGGGGAGGAGCCGGAGCUGGAGUUGUGAAGUUAAGCUGUUUAUUAAGCUCUCACAGGGUGCCCCCUCCCCAAGCCCCGCCCCGCCCCGGGCCACCUGGCCCGAGGCCCCGC